AUGUCUUCGGUAAAGAUCCAGCUCAUGUCUGAUCUCCAUCUCGAGACUCCACAAGCAAGACCGACGUACCAGGACUUCGAAAUCCCGCCAAAAUGUCAAUAUCUAGCCCUCCUAGGAGAUAUCGAAAAUAUAGGGGACAGUCGACUCUUCGAUUUCCUUGAAAAGCAACUAAGAUCUUUCGAAGUUGUCUUUUACCUACUGGGAAAUCACGAGCUGUUCGGAAUGACCCGGCUGGAAGUCCAAACAAGCGUCCGCGCUUUCGAACAUGAAAUGGAAGAGCUCCGCUCCUCAUUAGGAUCAAACCAAACCAGAUAUGACCUUACGGAAAAGGUGACCGUGCUAGGAUGCACGCUUUUCUCUCAUAUCUCCAACGACCAGCAAGAAUCCGUAUCGCUCUUUUGCUCCGAUUUUUCAGAGAUACAAGACUGGACGGUGGAUACCCAUAAUGCAGCCCACCGCUCUGAUCUCCAUUGGCUAGAUACGCAAGUCGAGCAUAUAACACAACACGAGCCGCAUCGUAAGAUCCUGGUCUUCACUCAUCAUAGCCCGACAUUGCUUGAGGACGCCAAUAAUCCUAGACACCUGGAUGAUGCUGCACAAGUCCGUUCUGCAUUUGUUACAGACCUGUCUGAGCAAGAGUGUUGGAAAAAUGCAAGUGUUAAACUCUGGGCUUUUGGACAUACUCAUUUCAAUUGCGAUUUUGUGGAUUCGGGGACGAAGAGGAGAGUUGUGGCGAAUCAGAAGGGGUAUCGCAGGUCAGAAUUGGAUACAUUUGAUGUAACAAAAGUGGUCGAGGUUAUAUAUUAG